AUGGAUUAUUUUUUGUCUGAUUUUUAUGAAGAACUUGAAUUCGGAGAUACUAACUUUUGCUUGGCUCAAGAUCAUGUUGAUGAUGAUCUUUUCAGCUUCUUUGAGAAUGGGUUAGAAGAUAUGGUGGGGUUUCAUGAUCUUCCGAAGACAAAUCAUGAAGCCGUACUGGAUCACUUUUCGAAACGAGGCCGCCAAGAGACAACAUCAGUACCAAAAAGCAAGAGGCCGAAGCUGCGUGCGCCGGCAGCUGAGGCGAAUCCUUCGGAGGAAGAAAACCUGCUGGAAGAGCAACAAAGGAUGUCUCAUAUUGCUGUGGAGCGCAACCGGAGGAAGCAAAUGAAAGACAGUUUGUCGGUGUUGAGGUCACUCAUGCCUCACUUCUAUGUCAAAAGAGGAGAUCAAGCAUCCAUAAUUGCAGGGGCGAUCGAUUACAUCAACGAAAUGCAUCAAGUUCUAAAAUCUCUGGAGGACAGGAAGCAUCGAAAAGUUAAUUACAUGAGUGAAGUCCGGAUAAGCCCUAAGCUGCAGGCGCAGCAGGUUUCAAGUCCAAGACCCUCACCUGCACGUAGCCGUAUAAAGCUGCCACCAUGCCCUAGACUAAACCUAGCCGUGAGUCCCAGAACCCCACAGCCAUGUAGCCCAUACAAGCCAUGGUUGCACCAAGCAGUUGGUUACCUCUCUCCGGCCACCACCAUGGCUACUUCCCUUGAGCCAUCUCUUUCGAGAUCUUCUUCAUCUACUACUUCCUCCAUAAAUGAGAGUACUAUUACUGUCAAUGAGCUUGCUGCGAAUUCCAAGUCUCCCAUAGCAGAAGUGGAGGUGAAUUUUUCGGGACCAAAUCUUCUUUUGAAAACAGUAUCUCCUCGGAUUCCUGGGCAAGCCUUGAAAAUAAUUUCCGCUCUCGAAGAACUCUCCCUUCAAAUUCUCCACCUGAGCAUAAGGACUGUUGAAGAAACCGUGGUGAACUCCUUCACCAUUGAGGUUGGAAUUGAAUGUCAACUUAGCGCAGAGGAACUAGCACAACAAAUUCAGCAAACAUUCUCAGUCUACUAG